AUGUCUGCCAUCAACCAGAAUGCUCCUCGCAUGCGUCGUCAUAAGCGUCGCAUCAACGAUGAUGGUUCCGAACUCGCUCACGCCGUUCGAGCCUUUGUUGAUCAGCACGUUGACGAAGCGCCUCCCCUUCUAGCUCGUCAGGCCGAUGGUGCAAACGGCAUCGGCCCUGGAGCAGGCGCCAACGCUCCACCCAUGGGCAACGGCGGUUUCGGCAACGCCGGCGCCAACGCGAACUCAGAUACUGCCACCGCCACUUCCACUAGAGGCCGCGGCAAUGGCAACGGCAACGCUGACUCGCAAACACGAACAAUCGACACCGCAACAUCCACUACUGCUACACCCACUCGAAACCUUUACAGCCCCACCGCCACAUCUUCUUCCACACCAGGCGGCCUUAUCGAUUCGCUCACAGGCUUCCUCGGCUCUCUUGGUGACGAAACCACAUCGAGCUCAAGCACCCGCUCCACAUCCACUUCCUCAUCCUCAUCCACCACCUCCUCGUCUUCUAGCACCCGCUCCACUUCCACUUCGAGCUCCUCAUCUUCGGUUAGUGUCCCCACAUCUUCCCCUAUACUGAAUACACAGCCACAGACAGCAGCCGCAUCGGAUCGAAAUCAUUCGGACGACUCUUCUACGCGCAGCGACGACGACAAUCAGAACUCAUCGUCGCGCACCUCGAUCGUGCCCAUCACUGCCACAGCUGUCGUCACCGCUACCCCAACACAAAGUGUUGCCGCUGCUGCCGCUUCAACCACACCCAAGUCAACCUCUUCGUCCGCUGGUCCUAUCAUCGGCAUUGUUGCCGGUGCCCUUGUUGGUGUCGUUGUACUUUCCGGUCUCAUCGGCUUCCUCUUCAAGAAGUACAGGAAGCAGGAUGACCCCUACGAGGGCAACCCAUUCGACAGGGAUGCUUUCCAACGCCACUCUGCCAUGAUCCCCGACCAUUACGAGUCGGACGAGGGUCACGGAGGUGCAGGCGGCAUGUCCCCCGAAAUGUCGGAGCACUACCAGCAGUACAACAACGUUGGCCCUCAGUACGAGUCUGGCAUCAGCGCCGGUGCUGCUGGUGCCAUGACCGCCAUGGCUGCUCACAACGAGAACGGUGGUCCCCGUCCCCCGACCAUGUUUGCCAAGCACGCCGCCGGCGUCCAGCAGAACCAGCCUCAGGUCGGCGGAUACUACAGGGAUGGCGACUUCUCCAACCAGAUGGUCCCCAUGCCUCCUCACUCGGAUUUCCACGCUCCACCCGUUGCCGCCUUCGCUAACCACCACGCUGAUCAGCAGUACCUCGAGGAACCCGGAUUCGGUCAGACCCAACGCUCUAUCUCGCCCGCUCCCCAACUGCCCCCUCUUGCAGCCUUUGGUGGCGACCCGUACUCGAUCGCCGGUGUAGGCCGUGGUCAGCAGCAGCCUCACAAUGUCGCCAACCCGUACGCCCAUCUCGACCGAUCGCACGGCGGCUCUGGCUUCACUCCCGGCUCUGUCGUACCCCGUCACACUGCCGGUUCUGGAUCCGUCUCGUCCGGCGGUGACUCUGCCGACCAACGUCAUGCAUCGAUCAACGCUGCCGAGGCCCUCGCUGCCGGUCUUGCCCACCAGUCGUCGCUCAACCGUUCGGCCAGCCCGCAGCACGAUGCUGGCGCCCGAUACGACACUGCGGGCCGACCGGGCACCUCGGAAGGCCGAUCUGGCACUCCGGACAUUCCCAACGUUCAGCAGACGUACGCUCUGUCCGGUGACGUCGCUGGUGCCCACCGCACGAGUGACGGCUCGCAGCACGCUGCUCCUCGCAGCCCCUUUGACAACCCUGCUCCCCACCACUACCCGCAACAGCAGCAGCAGCAGCAGCAGCAGCAGCAACAGCAGCAGCAGCAGCAGCAGCAACAGCAGCAGCAGUACAGCGACCAGCAGCAAUUGUCGGUCAGGAACCUCGUACCCCACGGCGCAGGUGGACUCUCUGCAGGUCAGAGACCCGUCUCCACCGCUAGCUCGUUUGCCGAUCCUGAAGAUGCUUACGGAGGCGUCUACUAA